UAAACGGAUAGCGGUAAAUGUAUCAACUGUCAGACGUUUCGCUUAAAGUGCGGUAAACGCGUUGCGUUUCAUUCCGUUGCAUUCCAUUUCGAUUUCCGUUGCAUCUCGUUUACGUUUCCGUUUCGUUUCCGUUUCGAUUCCGCUGCGUUACCGUUUCCGUUUCGUUUCCGUUUCGUUUUUAACUUCGGCUGCACUUCCAAUGGCUGUCAGUUCCUUAUGAUGGAGACAUUUCUUGUCCUGGGCCUGUGUUUUAUCCUGUACGAAGCAUUGGAUUUCUUUCAAGGCUGCAUACACAGUAACACGCCCUCACCGAGCGACCAAAUCGAGGCGUACCGCCGCGAACUCGACGAACAGCGCCAGCAGCAGCAGCAGGAACAGUUCCUGGCCGGUUUGACUCCUCUGCUGGGCGCCCAGUUUGCCGCCGCGGCUGCCGCUGCCGCAGCCGGCUCACAAUCGACGCUCAGCAGCACCACGCCCACCGCCUCCACGGCCAGUGUUAUCAGUGAUUCCUAUGAACAGGAGCAAUCACAAUCGCAGUCACAAUCACAAUCGCAGUCGCAGUCACAAUCGCAGUCACAAUCACAGCAACCGCAUUCAUUGAGCACACCGGGCUUAUUUCGACCGGCUGCAUUGGGCUAUUACGAUCCGGAGGAUCCGUUGCAUGCCACAUCAUCGCUGCCACGCGACUAUUACUAUCUGCAGCAACAGCAGCUGAAGAAUAAGGCCAGCUCCAAGUCGCUGCUCUCGAAGUUCUCGUCAACCAACUCGGACAAUCGCAUCCAUCCCGAGGCGGCACACGGUGUUUUAGGAGUACCCGCUUCGGCGGUGAUUACCACACAGCCGCUGCCCAACGCCGGCGAAUCGGUGGCAAGUCUGGGACUCUUCGAUUGUCAGCCACAGUUGGUGCCACUGCUGCCAGCCUCACCGCUCCUGCUGGAGCUGAAGCGAGCGAUCAUCAGCAGCAGCAGCAACAAUCAGCAAAAGUCAACGCAUUUUGACGAGGACGACGAGCCAUUGAGCGAUAACGAUAACGAUAGCGAUAACGAUAACGAUAACGAUACCGACAACAUCUGCCCGCAGUGCGAAGAGGAACAGCAGGCAGAGGACGACAAUUUAUCGUGUGGUUCCAGUUCCGGUUCAGGUUCUGGUUCCGGUUCCGGUUCCACUUCAAACUCCAGCCACAGCAGUACGGCAGCUGGUGCUGCAAAUAGCGAACCGAAUAUUUGCGCAAUUUCACAACUGCCGCGCAUUCAUCACAUUGCCAUCGACGACAUUGGCAUCGGUGGCAUUGGGCAAUCGACGGCAAGCGGAGAGGCGAAUCAUAGCCUGGCCACGGCUAGUUCCAGUUCCAGCUCGCACGCUGACUUCCGGGAGAUUGAGUGCGAGCGACUGCGACGCAAGUGCGUGAGCGUAAAGCGCAUCUAUAGCAUAUCGGAAAAGUUCUAAAUCCAAAAUUCAAAUACUUCAACUCGCAAAUCAAACUCGUCUUCAUUCUGUACAAAAUCGCCAAACUCACCAUUGCACCCCAACAAAAAAAAAAAAAAAAUAGAAAAAAAGAACAAAUUCAAUAAAAAAAUCAAUAUCGAAAUCAAAAAGCAUAAUAAAAAAAAACAAAGAAUUUAAAAUCGAAUCAAAAUCGAAAUAUAUAUCAAAUCAUCAAUCGAAUCUGCCUCACUCAAAUUCAAACCCAAAA